AUGCCGGGGUGUUUAAAGUGGUUGUUGAGCUAUCGAAAUUAUAUCCUAGUCUUUCUGACACCUCUGCUGAUCCUGCCCUUACCUCUGAUCAUCAACACUUCGGAGGCUCGGUGUGGCUACGCCAUCAUCCUGAUGGCCCUGUACUGGUGCACAGAGUGCAUUCCCCUGGCCGUCACCGCCCUGCUGCCUGUCAUCCUUUUCCCCAUGAUGGGCAUCAUGGAGUCUGGAGAGGUUUGUGUGCAGUAUCUGAAAGACUCCAAUAUGCUCUUCAUUGGCGGUCUGCUGGUGGCCAUUGCCGUUGAGCACUGGAACCUCCACAAGCGCAUCGCCUUGCGAGUGCUGCUGAUAGUGGGGGUGAAACCUGCCCUGCUGAUGAUGGGCUUUAUGGGCACCACGGCCUUCCUCUCCAUGUGGAUCAGCAACACGGCCUCCACCGCCAUGAUGCUGCCCAUCGCCCAUGCCGUGCUGCAGCAGCUCAAACGCACCGAACAGGAAGCCGAUGAGAAGGAGCUGCAGGGUGUCCACGACAACCAGGGCUUCGAGAUGGGCGACCUGCAGGACAUCAAGCCCUGCAGUGAGGAGGAAGAGGGAGCCGAUGAGGAGAGGCUCAGCUCAGCAGAGAGGAGGAAGCUGAAACGCGAGCAGAAGUACCUGAACCUGUCCAAAGGGAUGAGCCUGUGCGUGUGCUACUCCGCCAGCAUCGGAGGCACCGCCACCCUGACCGGCACCACCCCAAACCUCAUCCUCAAAGGCCAAGUGGACGAACUGUUCCCAGGGAAUAACGGCGUGAUCAACUUCGCCAGCUGGUUCGGCUUCUCCUUCCCCAACAUGCUGCUGAUGCUCAUCCUCUCCUGGAUAUGGCUGCAGUUCAUGUUCCUGGGCCUGAACUUCAAGAAGUCCUUUGGCUGUGGGACGAAAAACAGUGGUGACAAAGAGGCGUACCAGGUGAUGAAGGACGAGUACAAGCGUCUGGGCAGCAUGAGCUUCGCCGAGGGCUCUGUCCUCACCAUCUUCGUCCUGCUGGUGGCGCUGUGGUUCACCAGGGAGCCUGGCUUCAUGCCUGGCUGGGCCACAGUGCUCUUCAACAAGGAUGGACCGUUUGUGACAGACGGCACCGUGGCUAUCUUCAUGUCCACACUGUUCUUCAUCUUGCCAUCAAAGCUGCCCCGGUUCUCCUGUUCUCGCAGUGCUGACUCCGACGGUAAGACUUGCCUGAAGCAUCUGAAGGCCCCACCCGCACUGCUCAACUGGGAGGUGGUCCACGAGCGCAUGCCCUGGAGCAUCAUCCUGCUGCUGGGAGGCGGCUACGCCCUGGCCAGGGGCAGCGAGACAUCUGGCCUGUCUCUGUGGCUGGGGAACAGCCUCGCGCCCUUGAAAGAGAUCCCACCCUUCGCCAUCUCCUUGCUGUUGUGUCUGCUGGUGGGGACCUUCACAGAGUGCUCUAGCAACACUGCGACCACCACGCUGUUCCUGCCCAUCCUUGCCUCCAUGGCCACUGCCAUAGAGCUCCACCCUCUCUACGUUAUGCUGCCCUGCACCAUCUGCGCCUCGCUGGCCUUCAUGCUGCCGGUUGCCACCCCACCGAACGCCAUUGCCUUCUCCUACGGAAACCUCAAGGUCAUGGACAUGGCCAAGGCGGGAUUCAUGCUGAACAUAAUCGGAGUCCUCUGCAUCAACUUCGCCCUGAACACCUGGGGGGUGGCCAUGUUCCAGCUGGACACAUUCCCUGCAUGGGCCAACGUCACCACAGGAAGUCCCUAA